AUGCCGGAAAUCCACCGAAGACGUCGAGCAGCCUGGGCUGCAUUCAAUGGAAUCAAGAACACCACCGACUCCAUCACCGACAAGAAGAUUCGUGCGAAUCUGUUCGACUCAAUUGUCCUUCCAGCGCUCACCUACGGUUCAGAAGCCUGGACAUUCACCAAAGCUCUAUCCGAACGAGUACGAAUCACACAUGCCUCCCUAGAAAGACGGCUUGUGGGAAUCACACUCACUCAACAACGAGAACGAGAUCUCCAUCGAGAAGACAUUCGUACGAUGUCUCUAGUCAGGGAUCCGCUCAAUUUCGUGAAAAAGAGAAAGCUAGGAUGGGCUGGACACGUUGCGAGAAGGAAAGACGGAAGAUGGACCACGUUGAUGACAGAAUGGCGCCCAUAUGGAUGGAAAAGGUCUGUUGGAAGGCCGCCGAUGCGAUGGACUGAUUCGCUGCGAAAGGAGAUCACCACUCGUGACGCAGACGGAGAAGUCAUCACCCCCUGGUCCACUAUAGCCAAGGACCGAAAACAAUGGCUUGCUGUGAUCCGCAGGAAUACCACGAAUUCCUGAAGAACGGAUCGUCUAAGUAUCUAACGGGAAUUCCAGCCAACAGAUGCAACUACCAACCCAUCGCUCAUCAUGGUCGCCUCAAAAAUGGAGCAAUACGCAGCACUAAUCGAUCAAUCAGUUGCCUACGCAAAAGAGCACGCCAGUGGACAUCAAGAAGUGCCCCAAGCGGCUAUGGAUCGACUUUUUGUAGUUUUUGGAUAAGAAAUCCUGAAAACUAUUCCAGGAAGAGUUUCCACAGAAGUUGAUGCUCGUCUUUCAUUUGAUACUCAAGCAUCGAUUGAUCGGGCUCUUGGACUUAUUGCUCAAUACGAGAAGGAAGGAAUCUCGAAGGAUCGGAUUCUUAUCAAACUUGCUUCAAUUUGGGAAGGAAUUCAGGCUGCUAAAUUCCUCGAAUCUAAGCACGGAAUCCACUGCAACAUGACACAGCUCUUCAACUUUGAGCAAGCAGUCGCGUGUGCCGAGUCAGGAGUCACCCUAAUCUCGCCAUUCGUCGGAAGAAUCAUGGAUUGGUUCGUGAAGAAUACCAAUCAGAAGGCCUACACUUGAAAAGACGAUCCAGGAGUUGUCAGUGUUACUCGAAUCUUUAAUUAUUACAAGAAAUACGACUAUAAGACACAAGUGAUGGCUGCCUCGUUCCGUAAUACUGAAGAGAUCAAGGGACUUGUUGGAUGUGAUCUUCUUACUAUUUCUCCGGCUCUUCUGAAGCAACUUGCUGCGGAGACGGAAUUUGCUCCAGUUGUGCUCUCCACUUCUCAUGCCAAGACACUCGACCUGCCGAAAGUGAGCAUUGACGAGAAGGCGUUCAGAUGGGCUCUCAACGACGACGCCAUGGCCACCGAGAAGCUCGCCGAAGGAAUCCGCAACUUUGCCAAAGACGCCAGAACUCUGGAGAAGCUUAUCGAGGCAAAGAUCUAA